CUCUCACCUAAAAAAUCAGUCAGAGAUUCAGGGUGUGGCUCCAGAUUUGUAUUCUUCUCUGUAAUCUUGGCUCUUCCUGCUUCAUCUUCUGGACCUAGCUGUAACUGUAUUCAAAGGUGCCAUUUCUAUGUGUUCUCACUCCUUUCUUCUAUUCCCUUCUAUUUCUGUGUCUUUGACUUGUUUGAGUUUGUACCUUUGUGCUUGAAUAAUCCCUUCCCUUGAUUGUGCCAUAGAUCUUAUCUUCAUAGGAAAAUUAAUCUCCUAAAACAAUACUGUUAGAUGCCACAAUGAUGAAUUACAGAAAACUUUCUUUGUUUUUCUGUGCUUUAUCUAUCUUUUAUCCCUAUCUGUGUUUCUCUGCCGAUUUUGUUCCAGUAGAUAACUACCUUAUAGAUUGUGGAGCAAGUUCUGGUACUGUAGUAGGUAACCGCAAUUUCUCUGCGGAUAGUGCUUCUAAGAAGCUAUUAUCCACUCAGCAAGAUGUUCUUGCAAGUACUUCCUUGAAAUCAAUCACUUCCACUGGUGAUUCCACUCUCUAUCAAACUGCUAGGGUCUUCACUGGUUCCUCAAAGUACACUUUCUCAAUCAAACAAAAAGGCAGACAUUGGAUCCGUCUUUAUUUCUUUCCAUUUACCUAUCAGAAGUAUGAUAUGAGUGCAGCGAAAUUCUCGGUUGCCACGCAGAACAAUGUCCUUGUUAGUGAUUUUGGUGUGCAGAAAGAUCCUGUGAUGAAGGAAUACUCUGUGAAUGUGAGCUCUAAUUCCCUUGUUAUAGACUUUACCCCUUCGAGUGGUUCGAUUGCCUUUGUGAAUGCAAUCGAAGUUGUUUCGGUCCCUGAUGACCUCAUUGAUGAUGUUGGUUUCAGCCUGACUAAUGGAUUAUCAAGCUACUCUGGCUUGGCAGUACAGGCGCUGGAGACAGUCUGGAGGGUUAACAUGGGGGGUCCAACUGUCUCCUCUGGUAAUGACACUCUUCAGCGAACCUGGGAUCCGGAUCUUAGCUUCCUAAAAGAAAAAAACCUUGCUGCUAAUUUCUCAAAUAUUGGAGGUGUUCAAUAUGUGAACGGCUCGGCUACUGAAAAUGAUGCUCCGGCUAGUGUUUAUGGUACUGGACAACAGAUGAACUCACAAAGUGAUCCACGUGUUAAUUUCAAUGUGACAUGGGAGUUUAAGGUGGAUUCUGGAUUUCAGUACCUUGUUAGACUUCACUUCUGUGAUUUAGUGAGUAAAGGUCUCAAUGAACUCUACUUCAAUGUUUAUGUUGAUUCCUUGUUUGCUGCCAAGGAUCUUGAUCUUGCUUCAAUAAAUCAAAAUGUCUUGGGUGUUCCAUAUUAUAGGGAUGUUGUUACACCCUUGACAUCUAGCAACUUGCUUCGAGUAAGUAUGGGACCUUCUAAUGUAAAUAAGGACUACCCUAAUGCCAUUCUGAAUGGUUUGGAGAUCAUGAAAAUGAACAAUUCUGUGGGAAGUCUUAGUACAGGGACAGCUGCUGUUGCUACUACUUCUGGUUCAAAUUCAAAGAAUGUUGGUGUAAUUGUGGGUGCAGUUCUUGGGGCAGUAUGUGCAGUGGUCUUGGCUGGACUUUUGUGUUUACUAUGCAGGAAAAGAAGGCGGUUGGCGCGGCGGAGACAGUCGAAGACAUGGAUUCCUUUCUCCAUCAAUGGCACAACUUCUCACACCAUGGGAAGUAAAUAUUCUAAUGGUACUACAAUUAGUGCUGCUUCAAACUUCGAGUACCGUGUUCCUCUUGCUGCAGUUCAGGAAGCUACAAACAAUUUUGAUGAGAGUUGGGUUAUUGGGAUUGGUGGCUUUGGGAAAGUAUACAAGGGGGAAUUGAGUGAUGGCACUAAAGUGGCAGUUAAGAGAGGAAAUCCUCGGUCACAGCAGGGUAUUGCCGAGUUCCGAACUGAAAUCGAAAUGCUGUCUCAGUUCCGUCACCGGCAUCUGGUAUCUUUGAUCGGCUAUUGUGAUGAAAGGAAUGAAAUGAUACUGAUAUAUGAGUAUAUGGAGAAAGGAACACUCAAGGGUCAUCUAUAUGGUUCGGGGUUCCCAACCUUAAGUUGGAAGGAGAGGCUUGAGAUAUGCAUUGGAGCUGCUAGAGGGCUUCAUUAUCUGCACACCGGCUAUGCUAAAGCAGUUAUUCACCGCGAUGUGAAAUCUGCAAAUAUCCUCCUUGAUGAGAACCUGAUGGCUAAAGUUGCUGAUUUUGGAUUAUCCAAGACUGGGCCAGAACUUGAUCAGACACAUGUGAGCACAGCUGUUAAAGGAAGCUUUGGCUACCUUGAUCCUGAAUACUUCAGGAGGCAGCAGCUAACAGAAAAGUCUGAUGUGUAUUCAUUCGGCGUGGUUCUGUUUGAAGUUCUUUGUGCAAGACCUGUCAUAGAUCCGUCCCUUCCCAGGGAGAUGGUAAACUUGGCAGAAUGGGCAAUGAAGUGGCAGAAGAAGGGGCAAUUGGAGGAGAUCAUAGAUCCUGCACUUGCAAGCAACAUAAGACCGGAAUCUCUCAGGAAGUUUGGAGAAACCGCGGAGAAAUGCUUGGCAGACUUCGGUGUAGACAGGCCUUCUAUGGGAGAUGUAUUGUGGAAUUUGGAGUAUGCCCUGCAGCUUCAAGAGUCUGCUACUCAAGGGAAUGAUCCUCAAGAAAACAGUACUAAUAUGAUCAGUCUCUCUCCACAGGUCAACAACUUCAACAACGAUGCAAGCGCCUCUGCCAUUAAAUUUGAAGGCACAAAUGUGGAUGAUCUGUCUGGUGUUUCAAUGAGUAGGGUGUUCUCUCAGUUGGUGAAGUCAGAGGGGAGAUGAAGAUGAUUUUCAACAUUAGUGGAUAUUCAACUGUUUUAUUACAACGCUGUUGUUUUAUUAUUUUUGUUCUUGUUUGUAUUAUAUUUUGAUUUUUAUUAUGAUCACUUGAUCUCUCUGCCCUGACACACUAUAUUAAGAUACUUUUAUAGAUUUGUAAAGAAAGACUUAGUUAAUCAGACGUCUUUACUUAAUUGGUGGCCAGAACACCAAAUGGAUCCAUUCGUUCAAUAUUGAAAUUUGUAUAAGUUAAUCAUUUUAGUAUAUGUUAAUUAGAAUAGAGUUUA